AUGGAUGAAUUUUCGAAGAAACAAUCAACCAGAGUUUCUUCUCGAAAUUCGCAAAAAGAUUCACCGCCAGUUCCGCAACGAGAGCUAAAAAAGAGAAAGAAUGUUCACUUCGAAGAUCAAAAAACGGAAUACGCCUUAUCAACUUCUGAAUUCGUUAUGAGGGCAAACAAACAAUGGACGUUCGUCGCAACUUGCUUCAACUUGAGAGAUGACAAUCGAACGGCGAGUCGUGACGGAGACAAAGAGCUUCUCGAGUUAUGCAAUUAUUACGAAGAAGAGGAGAGUGUUCCGGACCUUGACGAUGACUCUGACGAUUCGAUACCGUUCGAAAUAUUCGCUGAACAAGGGAUGCGCAUUACCUGGACACCUGGAACAUCUCAUUCCACUGUCAGCACACUCCGGUUAUCAAGCAUGCUCCGUCUCGAAAGUCGACAACAAAUUGAUCCUUCGUACGAAGAGCCGGAUGAUGUUCCUCAAGACUCACUUCUGAGUGAAAAAGAAGACAUGGAGACGGCUUUCCAAGGAGAAUUGCAGUGUUCGAAUGCCCAAAAAGUAAACCGAUCACGUGGAUCUUCGAAAACGGAGAAAACUGAAGAGUUCGAAUCGUCCGAAAACUUUUGGGACGGUGUCGAGUUCUAA